AUGAGCCAAAAUAAUGAACAUGCACUAACCCAGAUGAGAAAGUCAGUUGAAAAGCUUGGUUGUUCAGCUCAGAAGUACAACGAUCCCACUUUGAUGAGAUUCUUGAUUGCAAGAUCAAUGGACACAGAGAAAGCUGCAAAGAUGUUCGUGCAGUGGAUGAAAUGGAGGGCUUCAUUUGUCCCACUUAACUACAUCCCUGAUUCUGAAGUUCCAGAUGAAUUGAAUGCAAGAAAGGCUUAUUUGCAAGGCCUAUCGAAAAAUGGGUGCCCGUUACUGUUAUUCAAAGCCGGCAAGCAUUUUCCUUCCAAAGAUCAACUCCAAUUCAAGAAAUUUGUGGUUCAUGUACUGGACAAAACUAUUGCAAGUUCUUUCAAAGGCAGAGAAGUCGGAAAUGAAAAGUUGAUUGGCAUUCUUGAUCUGAAACAACUUUCUUACAAAAAUGUUGAUGCCCGUGGUUUAAUAACUGGUUUUCAGUUCUUGCAGGCAUACUAUCCCGAGCGAUUGGCCAAAUGCUACCUGUUACACAUGCCGUGGUUUUUUGUGAGCGUUUGGAGAUUCGUUUCCCGCUUCCUUGAGAAAGCUACUUUAGAAAAGAUUGUGAUUAUAACCAAUGAGGAGGAAAGGAAAGAGUUUAUAAGAAAUGUUGGUGAAGAAGUCUUGCCGGAAGAGUACGGAGGGCGGGCAAAACUCACCGCACUUCAAGAUUUUGUUAUAACACCAUUGGAUGACUAA